AUCUAACUUUGAUAAAAAGUGCACUCAGACAAAAGGGUGCAGUUAAAACUCGCUUGUCUCGUCCUUGCCACUUUGACUCUCACUUCUUCGCUCUGCGUUCCUUCACUGCCCAUCCAUGUCGAUUCUACACCUUCUUCUCUUCUUCUUCAUCUUCUUCUCAGUUCAUUCCCAAGAAGACAAUCCCAUAGCUCGCUUCCGACGUUACCUUCAAUUCAACACAGCUCAUCCCAAUCCAAACUACGCCGACCCAAUCUCUUUCCUCAUCUCCCAAGCCAACUCCAUAGGCCUCCAAGCCCAAACCCUCGAAUUCACCCCUUUGAAACCAGUUCUGCUUCUAACAUGGCCUGGCUCCAACCCUUCUCUUCCUUCGGUUCUCUUCAACUCCCACCUCGACUCCGUCCCCGCUGAACCUGCCAAAUGGUCCCACCCUCCUUUCACCGCCACUCUCACCCCUGAAGGUAAAAUCUAUGCCCGUGGUGCUCAAGAUGACAAAUGCAUCGCCAUGCAAUACUUAGAAGCCAUUCGCAAUCUCAAGGCUAAAGGGUUUACUCCUUUACGAACUAUUCAUAUUUCUUAUGUUCCUGAUGAAGAGAUUGGAGGGUUUGAUGGGAGUGCGAAAUUUGUUAAGUCCAAAGAGUUUGAGGAUUUAAAUGUUGGGUUCGUUUUAGAUGAAGGGCAGGCUUCUAUUAGUGAUGAGUUUCGAGUGUUUUACGCUGAUAGGUCACCUUGGGGACUUAAAAUAAAGGCCACUGGAGCUCCAGGGCAUGGUUCUAGGAUGUAUGAUAAUGGGGCAAUGGAGAAUCUGAUGAAGAGUGUGGAAGUUAUUACUAAGUUUAGGGAGAGUCAAUUUGAUGUUGUUAAAGCUGGAGAAGCUAUGAACUCUGAGGUUGUUUCAGUUAAUCCUGUUUAUCUGAAUGCUGGGAUACCCUCCCCAACUGGAUUUGUGAUGAAUAUGCAACCUUCAGAGGCUGAGGCAGGCUUUGAUCUUAGGUUGCCACCUACGGUUGAUCCGGGUCUUAUUAAGAAAAGAAUUGCUGAAGAAUGGGCACCGGCUAGAAGGAACAUGACAUAUGAGGUAAUUGAGAAAGGACCAAUAAGAGAUUACAUGGGCUGCCCUUUAAUGACACUGACGAAUGAUUCCAAUCCAUGGUGGCCUGUUUUCAAGCAAGCAAUUGAAGCAGCUGGAGGAAAACUUUCAAGGCCUGAAAUUUUAGCUUCAACAACUGAUGCGCGAUACAUGAGACAAAGAGGAAUUCCUGCUCUUGGUUUUUCCCCAAUGACAAACACUCCCAUCUUGUUGCAUGACCAUAAUGAGUUCCUGAAAGAUUCCGUGUACUUGAGGGGAAUUGAAGUGUAUGAAUCCGUAAUAAGUUCUCUGAGUUCCUUUAAGGGAGAAUCUUAUUAGAUGCUUUCAAUUGGUUGAUUAAUGGGCAGUGUCUCAUGGGUUGAAAUGCUUUGGGGUUUCAGGUUAUUGACUUUUGCAUCGAUUCCAAUGGAGACAAGUUGGAUUUUGGACAAGUGAAGUGCUCUUCCCAUCACGUAAUUUGCAAAAUUUUUUUAUUUUCAUAGCAAUUCUUAGAAAGGACACUGAAUGAGCUCUAUGUAUAUUCAAUAAGUGAGGAAACAUUGAACAAAUUCAUGAGCUAUGGAUAACUAUAAGGGGACGUUUGGUUUGUAAAAUUUAAGAUUCUUUUCGGAAAUCUAACUUUUCAUAAUCUGAUUCUUCAGUUUGAUUUCAUGUACCGUCUCUCGUGUCCAGUCCAGAGUCGUCUGAAUCUUACACAAUUACAUUUUCAGAACACUGUAUUAUGCAAUGGAAAUUGAAAGGAAAAAGACAAGGUAGGGGUUCAAAACUCUUGGAGAAUCAUAUUUAACGUAGGUAGAUAAAAUUUUAUAUGCCAAAAGUUUUGUCCUUUUAAUCUGUCACUGUCUAUAUGCAGCGAUUUCAAGCUGUAACAUGAACCAUAUAAUCAUUAUAUUUCAAGCUGUAAAACUACAAAUAUCAACUAAUCAGAGCUACUUACAUCAGUGUGUUCCAGCUAAAACUACACCUCCUAAUGAGACAGCAGAAGGGAUAGUCAUCAACAUGUUGAUCUUUUACAAGUUAGAUUGUAUGUUCUGUUAAGGGGAUUGAUCAUGGUUAAUUGGUUAGUGUCCUGGAUGUAAUGCACUUGAUUGUGAAAGCAUAAUCUAAAAAUUGUUAGAAGGAAAGAUACAUUCAUUUCUUGAGUGAAUACUGUGCCGUCGUCAAGCCUCAUCUUCUUACCGGUUGUACUAUUUUCCGGGUCGUUCUCCUAGCUUGUCUUCUUGUAUUUGUUAUACAAUGACCAAUUUAUUCAUUAAAAUAAUUAAUAACAAUGCAUCUCUCUAGCAAACAGAAUACAAGGUUGAACUCUUGCU